GUGUGUACGUAAUUUCUCUGCGUAAUAAACAAAGCUGAUUCACAGCAAUUUAAUUUUUCAAUAAAAGUACUUUAAUUAAACAGAUUAUAAUGGCUGCAGAAGCACCACCAAACCUUAAAGUGAUUCAACCCUACCUGAAGAUUGGAGCUGAACAUGAUCAACGUGAUAUUAUCGUGGCUUAUUGGGCAAGAGUAUAUUCACUGCAGACAGGCAUUAAAAGUGCAAAACAACCAGAUGAGAAGGCAUUUCUAUUACAAAUUAUGGAUUGGCUAGAAAAGUUCAAGAAAGCAAAUAAAGAAAAUGAAUCGAUUACAAAUGACACAGUUGCGCAAGCCUAUCUUGAAAAUUAUGCUCACAAGCUAUUCACUUAUGCUGAUCAGCAAGAUCGAGCAUCAAACUUUGGCAAGAAUGUCGUCAAAUCUUUUUAUACCUCGUCCAUGAUUUACGAUAUAUGCACAACAUUUGGUGAAUUAAGCGAGGAAGCUAAGCAGCAGAGGAAAUAUGCAAAAUGGAAGGCUGCAUACAUUCAUAAUUGUCUUAAAAAUGGCGAAACUCCUCAUCCAGGUCCGAUGCCAAGUGAAGAUGACGAUGAAUUGAUUAAUAUUGGCGGUGCCAAUUCAGGAAGCAAUAAUGAUCAGCCAGGAUCAUCUUCAAAUUUCGGAUGGAACACAAAUCCUUACGAUAAUCAACCAACUCAGCCUUCAAUUCCUCAAGAUCCACCAACAAGCAGUGGAUAUGGUCAGAUUCCAGCAGGAAGUGAUCCGUUCCUACAUAUUCGUGCUCCAAGUCCACCAAAAGAUCCAGAAGAGAAAAAUCCAGGAGGCUUCAUUCCUUUUGAUCCACGUACAUCAAAUAUUCCAUUUAAUCAGCCUCAAUCAACAACAGCUACUGCUUCACCAGAAGUAAUGAUUAGAGCCCAGAAAUUGAUUAAAUUCGCUGGAAGUGCAAUAACUUAUGACGACGUUCCAACAGCUAUCGAUAAUUUACAGAAAGCAUUAAGAUUGUUGACUACAUGGCAAGAAAAUUAAUUAUUUUAUACGCAAGAUUUAAUUUCAUUUUAUAUGUUUACAAAA